CUCCUUGAUGCAACAAGAAAAGCCUUUGUUUUCCAACCUGGCAGCCUUUGAGGAAGUGACUCAGACAUCUUCAUGGCCUCUAAAGAUGCCCAGAACCAAAGAAGAGGUCUGCCUAGUUUUCCUCCUGGAGCUCCAGACCCAGACCAAAACCUUCCUGCCUCAUCUUCCAAUCCAGGGAACCAAGCGUGGCAGCUGAGUCGCCCUUUGCCAAGAAGUUUCCUGCCAACAGUCAGUCUCCCUCCGGGUCUAGAAUAUUUAAGCCAGUUAGACCUGAUAAUUAUACACCAGCAGGUGGAGCUGCUUGGAAUGAUACUUGGUACUGAGACCUCCAACAAAUAUGAGAUUAAAAACAGCUUGGGACAAAGAAUUUACUUUGCAGUGGAGGAAAGCAUCUGCUUCAAUCGUACUUUCUGUUCCACUCUGCGAUCUUGCACCCUGAGGAUCACAGAUAACUCAGGUCGAGAGGUCAUUACAGUGAAUAGGCCCUUGAGAUGUAACAGCUGCUGGUGUCCUUGCUACCUCCAAGAGUUAGAAAUCCAAGCCCCUCCUGGUACUAUAGUUGGUUACGUUGCACAGAAGUGGGACCCCUUUCUGCCUAAAUUCACAAUCCAAAAUGCAAACAAAGAAGACAUUUUGAAAAUUGUUGGUCCUUGUGCGACAUGUGGCUGUUUUGGCGAUGUGAAUUUUGAGGUGAAAACCAUUAAUGAAAAGCUUACAAUUGGGAAGAUUUCAAAGUACUGGUCAGGAUUUGUAAAUGAUGUCUUCACAAAUGCUGACAAUUUUGGAAUUCAUGUUCCUGCAGAUCUAGAUGUAACAGUCAAAGCAGCCAUGAUCGGUGCCUGUUUUCUCUUUGUAAGUAUAGGCUUCGAGAGCAUGAGUGAUUUGUUAUUCUCCUUCUUGCUUGUUAAUUACAAUAUAGCCUAUUCCAUUUACACAGUUUUUACCCCCAAAGAGUAUAUUUUAUUCAUAGAAGGAUAGCUUAGGACCAAUGUUCUUCAAAAUUUGAAUUUAGAACCCUGCAUUUCUGUUAGGCAGCCCCUCUCCAGUGAUCUCAUAUCCCCUUUCUCAAAAACUGAUACGCUAUCCCAUCCUCUUCAUCAUUUCCCUAAAAACUGAGUUUCCCCUUGCUUUUAUGUUCAAUUUAGAUUUUUGGCUUAUUUUCACUUUAACUAAAAAAUAUGCAAACAUAAAUAUCACAUGAUUUAUCCUGGGUGAAGUAUCAGACUGGUUCAUUAAAUGAUAGUGAGCUAGAUGAUAUUAAGGAUGUUGUCUUCUCAAUAUGAACAUAGAUACAUGAAAUGAUUUGAUGAGUUAAUAGGUACCAGUUGUCAUUAUUUCUAAGAUAUUAUGUUCCUGUUGUUACUUUCCAACUUACAAUUAUAUUGAAAACCUUUUCUUCUUUGGUGUAUGGAGAUUGAUGAUAGAAGAAAAGAAGUCAACUAAUAACUGUGUCAAAAUACUUGACCUAUAUCCUGUUCUUAGUUUUCCCUCUAAUAUUUAUCUAAUUUCCUACUGCCUUCAAUGCAGCCAUAAAGACUUAUGGAGUUUUUAUUUUUUGAUAUA